AUGGACUACGAGGAUGAUCCCGGCUGGCAAUACCUGCGCAUGAGCAGGGAGCAGCAGAUUGUGGACCAAUCGAAGCCCUACGACUCGAAGAAGGACUGCUGGGUGCCCGAUGAGGAGGACGGUUUCGUCUCUGCUCAAAUCCAGGAGGACAAGGGUGACACCGUCAAGGUCGUCACCUGCAAGCAGAAUGAGAUCACCCUGAAGAAGGAGCUCGUCCAGGAGAUGAACCCCCCGAAGUUCGAGAAAACGGAGGACAUGUCCAACCUCUCCUUCCUCAACGACGCCUCCGUGCUGCACAAUCUGAGGGCCCGCUACAAGGCUAUGCUCAUCUACACCUACUCCGGACUGUUCUGCGUCGUCAUCAACCCGUACAAGCGUCUGCCCAUCUACACCGACUCCGUUGCCCGCAUCUACAUGGGCAAGAGGAAGACUGAGAUGCCCCCUCAUCUCUUCUCCGUCUCUGAUGAGGCUUAUCGCAACAUGUUGAUCGACCACGAGAACCAGUCGAUGCUGAUCACCGGAGAAUCCGGAGCCGGAAAGACUGAGAACACCAAGAAGGUUAUUGCCUACUUCGCGGCCGUCGGCGCCAAGCAGAACGAGGCCGAGGGUAUCAAGUCUGAUGACGGCGCCAAGAAGGCCACCCUUGAGGACCAGAUCGUCCAGACCAACCCCAUUCUCGAAGCCUUCGGAAACGCCAAGACUGUCCGUAACAACAACUCUUCCCGUUUCGGAAAGUUCAUCCGUAUCCACUUCUCCAAACUGGGCCGUGUCGCCUCUUGCGAUAUCGAGCACUACCUGCUGGAGAAGUCUCGUGUCAUCCGUCAAGCCCCCGGAGAGCGUUGCUACCACAUCUUCUACCAAAUCUACUCCAACUACAAGCCCGAGCUCAAGAAGACCCUCCUCCUCGACCUUCCCAUCAAGGACUACUGGUUCGUCGCCCAGGCCGAGCUGACCGUCGAUGGUAUCGAUGAUGUGGAGGAGAUGAAGGCCAGUGACGAAGCAUUCACUAUCCUCGGAUUCUCUGAGGAAGAGAAGAUGGACUGCUACCGCCUGAUGUCCGCCCACAUGCACAUGGGCAACAUGAAGUUCAAGCAGCGCCCCCGUGAAGAGCAGGCUGAGGCUGACGGCACUGAUGAGGCCGAGAAGGCCGCUACCAUGUACGGAGUGGAGGUGGAGAAGUUCCUGGGCGCCCUGAUGAAGCCGCGUGUCCGUGUCGGUACCGAAUGGGUGUCGAAGGGACAGAACGUCGAGCAGGUCAACUGGGCCAAGGGAGCCAUGGCCAAGGGGUUGUACAACCGCGUCUUCAACUGGCUGGUUAAGAAGUGCAACCUGACCCUUGAUCAACAGGGAGUCAGCCGUGAUCACUUCAUCGGUGUGUUGGACAUCGCCGGCUUCGAGAUCUUCGACUUCAACAGCUUCGAGCAGUUGUGGAUCAACUUUGUCAACGAGAAGUUGCAGCAAUUCUUCAACCACCACAUGUUCGUCCUCGAGCAGGAAGAGUACGCCAGGGAGGGCAUCCAGUGGACGUUCAUCGAUUUCGGUCUUGAUCUCCAGGCCUGUAUCGAGUUGAUCGAGAAGCCCAUGGGCAUCAUCUCCAUGUUGGACGAAGAGUGCAUCGUCCCGAAGGCCACCGACUUGACUCUUGCCCAGAAACUCGUCGAGCAGCAUCUCGGCAAGCAUCCCAACUUCGAGAAGCCGAAGCCGCCAAAGGGCAAACAGGCCGAGGCCCACUUUGCCAUGCGUCAUUAUGCCGGAACUGUGCGCUACAACGUCUCCAACUGGCUCGAGAAGAACAAGGACCCGCUGAACGACACCGUCGUGUCCUGCUUCAAGCAGUCGACCGGAAAUGCCCUGCUCGUCGAGAUCUGGCAAGACUACCAGACCCAGGAGGAGGCCGCCGAGGCCCAGAAGUCUGGAGCCGCUGCUGGAGGCAAGAAGAAGGGAAAGUCUGGCUCCAUGAUGACGGUGUCUAUGCUGUACCGCGAGUCGCUGAACAACCUGAUGACCAUGUUGCACAAGACCCACCCCCACUUCAUCCGUUGCAUCAUCCCCAACGAGAAGAAGAUGUCCGGCGUCCUCGACGCGGCCCUUGUCAUGAACCAACUGACUUGCAACGGUGUGCUCGAAGGAAUCCGUAUCUGCAGGAAAGGAUUCCCCAACAGAAUGAUGCACCCCGACUUCGUCCACCGCUACGCCAUCGUCGCCGCUGAGCAAGCCAAGAGCAGCACCGACCCCAGGAAGUGCGCUGAUGCCAUCAUGGGCAAACUCAUCAACGAGGGCCACGUCACUGCCGAGAACUUCAACGUCGGUCUCACCAAGGUCUUCUUCAAGGCCGGUAUUCUGGCCAAGCUCGAGGACGUGCGUGACGAGAAGAUGAACAUCAUCUUCACCGGAUUCCAGGCUGCCAUCCGCCACUACCUUGGAGCCACCGACAGGAAGCGCCGCCAAGAACAGAAGGUCGGCCUGCUCAUCAUCCAGCGCAACGUCAAGGGAUGGUGCGGACUCCGUACCUGGGAGUGGUUCAAGCUGUACGGCAAGGUCAAGCCGAUGAUCUACGCCUCCAAGUUCGACGAGCAGCUCGAUGCCCUCAACGCCCAACUCAAGGACGUCGAGGAAAAGCUCAACAAGGAGGUCGAGCUCCGCGCCGACUACGAGAAGCAGAACGAGAAGCUGAAGCAGGAGAAGGACCAGCUUUUCGCCGAUCUCGAAAAGGCGAAGGGCAACAUUGCCGAGCACGAGUCGAAGGUCGCCCAACUCGAGUCGCAGCACUCCGGUGCCGCCCGCGAACUCGAUGACCUCAACGAUGCCCUGGCUGCUGCUGAGGAAGGAAACACCGAGGGACUGCGUGCCAAGAAGCGUGCCGAGGGAGAGCUCGAAGCUCUCAAGAAGCAGCUUCAGGAUCUGCAGAUGAGCCUCCGCAAGGGUGAAUCUGAGAAGCAGUCCAAGGAGCACCAGAUCCGCUCUCUCCAGGACGAAAUGCAACAUCAGGAGGAGACCCUGGCCAAGCUGAACAAGGAGAAGAAACACCAGGAGGAGCUUAACCGCAAACUCCUCGAAGAUCUAUCUUCUGAGGAGGACAAGGUCAACCACUCCAACAAGGUUAAGACCAAGCUCGAGCAGACCCUUGAUGAGCUUGAGGAUGCCGUCUCUCGCGAAAAGCGCAACAAGGCUGAUGCCGAGAAAGACAAGAGGAAGCUGGAGGGAGAACUCAAGGUCGCGAACGAGAACAUCGAGGAGGCCACCCGCCAGAAGCUUGACCUGGAGAACAACAUCAAGAAGAAGGAGGGAGAGCUGCACAAUGCUAACUCUCGUCUUGAGGAUGAGCAGUCGCUCGUCUCCAAGCUCCAGCGCCAGAUCAAGGAGCUCCAGGCCACGGUCGCCACCCUUGAGGAGGAGACCGAGAAUGAGCGCGGAUCGAGGAGCCGUGCCGAACGCGCCAAGGCCGAGCUGCAGAGCGAGCUCGAGGAUCUGAACAACCGCCUUGACGAGCAAGGAGGAGCCACUGCCGCCCAGUCGGAGGUCAACAAGAAGCGAGAGGCUGAGCUCGCCAAGCUCCGUCGUGAUCUUGAGGAGGCCGCUCAUCUCCAUGAGAACAACCUGGCCGCCCUGAAGAAGAAGCACCAGGAUGCCGUCGCCGAGCUCUCCGAGCAAAUCGACCAAGUCAACAAGUCGAAGAACAAGUCGGAGAAGGACAAGGUCCAGGCUCAACGUGACGCCGAGAGCCUUCAGUCCCAACUCGACCAGGAAUCUUCUGCCAAGGUCCAGAACGAGAAGCUGGCCAAGCAGUUCGAAGCCCAGCUCGGAGAACUGCAGUCCCGUGUCGAUGAUCAGGGACGCGAGCUGCACGACUUGAACUCGGUGAAGAACCGUCUCGGAGGACAGAACUCUGACCUUGGCCGUCAACUCGAAGACGUCGAGUCUCAGCUUGCCAACAUCAAUCGCGUCAAGUCGCAGAUCCUCGCCCAACUCGACGAGGCCAAGCGUGCUGCUGAUGAUGAGGCUCGUGAGCGUCAAGCUCUUCAAGCCGCUUCUCGUAACGCUCAGGCUGAAGCUGAACAAGUUCGUUCUCAACUCGAAGAGGAGAUCGAAGCCAAGAAUGACGUCAACCGUCAAUUGUCCAAGGCGAAUGCUGAGAUUCAACAAUGGAAAUCUCGAUUCGAAGGAGAAGGUAUGCUUCGUGCUGAUGAGAUUGAAGAAGCCAAGAGGAAGCAACAACAACGCAUCCAGGAAUUGACCGAUUCCAUUGAAGCUGCCAAUCAAAAGAUUUCCGCUCUCGACAAAUCAAAGGCUCGUAUCGCUGGAGAACUUGAUGAUGCUCAAGUUGAUGCUGAUCGUGCCAAUUCCUAUGCUGCUACUUUGGAGAAGAAGCAACGCGACUUUGAUGAUAUUGUCGGAGAAUGGAAGAGGAAAUCUGAUGACCUUGGAGCUCAAGUCGAUGGAGCUCAACGUGAUGCUCGCAAUGCUCUUGCUGAUCUUCAUCGCGCCAAGACUGCCCAAGAUGAACUUGGAGAAGUCAUUGAGGGACUUCGCCGUGAGAACAAGGCUCUCGGAUCGGAGAUCAAGGAUCUGAGCGAUCAACUUGGUGAAGGAGGACGAUCUGUUCAUGAAAUGCAAAAGAUUAUUCGUCGUCUUGAGACUGAAAAAGAAGAACUUCAAAAGGGAUUGGAUGAGGCUGAGAAUGCACUUGAAGCCGAAGAAGCCAAGGUGAUGAGGGCUCAAGUGGAAGUAUCACAGAUUCGUGCCGAGAUCGAGAAGAGAAUCCAGGAGAAGGAAGCCGAAUUCGAGAGCACCCGAAAGAACCAUCAAAAGGCCCUGGAGAGCAUGACUGCUUCUAUCCAGACCGAGUCCAAGUCUAAGAAUGAACUUCUCAAGUCAAAGAAGAAGCUGGAGGGAGAUAUCAACGAAUUGGAGAUUGCUCUUGAUCAUGCCAAUAAGAACAAUGCUGAUACUCAGAAGAAUCUCCGCAAACAUCAAGAACAGAUCCGUGAGCUGCAACUCCAGGUUGAGGAGGAGCAGCGACAGAAAGAUGAGGUUCGUGAUCAACUCCAGGGAGCCGAGAAGAGGGCCCAGAUCCUCGAGCAGGACAAGGAUGAACUGAAGCAUGCCUUUGGAGAGGUCGACCAUCAGAGACGCCAGGCUGAGACUGAGGCUCAUGAUGCCCGUGAAGCCGCUAACGAGUACCAGCUCCAGGCAUCCAGCCUGAACUCAACGAAGAGGAAGCUGGAGGGAGAGAUCUCUGCCAUGCACGCUGACCUCGACGAGACCCUGAAGGAGUACAGGAACGCCGAGGAGGAGGCCAAGAGGGCCAUGUCUGAUGCUACCCGCCUUGCUGAAGAGCUGAAGCAAGAACAGGAGCACGGAGCCACUCUCGAGAGGGCCAGGAAGGACCUUGAGUCGAACCUCAAGGAGUUCCAGAUCCGCCUGGAUGAGGCCGAGGCUGCCGCGCUCAAGGGAGGCAAGAAGACGAUCGCCAAGCUGGAGCAGCGCAACCGCGAGAUCGAGGCCGAACUCGACGGCGAGCAGCGCCGCUACGCCAACAUUGUCAAGGAAGUCCAGAAGGCCGACCGUCGCGUCAAGGAACUCCAGUUCCAGAUUGACGAGGACAAGAAGAACUUCGACCGUCUCAACGACCUCGUCGACAAACUGCAGGGCAAGAUCCGCACCCAGAAGACCCAGCUCGAGGAUGCUGAGGAUCUGGCCAACGGCAACCUGCAGAAGUUCCGCCAGAUCCAGGCCCAGCUCGAGGACGCCGAGGAGCGCGCCGAUUCGGCUGAGGAUGGACUCACCAAGCUGCGCUCGAAGUCGCGUGCUGGAACCACUGCCGGCCCCGGCCUGCAGGGCUCCGCUUCGGUGGCCGUGAUGCGCGCCGCCAGCCGCCACUUC